CUGGUGUGCUGUGUUGUUACACUUCGGCUGCUUGGUGAUUACUUGACGGUGGUGCUAGUGCUGUUCUCGCGGAGUGAAGAACGACUGAAGCAUCCCGCUUGUCGCGGCUGCUUUUUCGCUGGGAAUUGAUCUCUUACAUCGUAGCUUCCGCCUAAUACCGUCGACCUGUUUUCAGUGAGAUAUGGCGAAGAAAAGAGAUGUGGCGGAACCUCCCGCAAAGCCCGAGGUCCCCAAAAAGCUCUAUGACGUGGCGAAGUUCCUGAAAAGCAAGCUCCCGGAAAAGAGCACGUCGCUCUUGGGUCAUAAGGUUAAUUACUUUAUCGGUCGGAAAGCGAUCGACGCGCUUAUGGAGUCGAACUUGAAAGAAAAGCUGGAGAUUUCGACUAGAAAUCAGGCCGCUUACCUCAUGGAAGAGCUUUUGGCAUACAAGUUCUUCCACCGUGCACGGAAAAUCGCGAUGGAAGUCAAGUCUAAGAAGAAGGAUCAAGAGAUCGCUGAACAAGAGGACACCGAGUCGAAUGUCACCCCCAAGGCUACGCCUCGUGCAGAGAAAGGGAAGAAGAAGUUCAAGUUGGACAUGCAUCACGAACAGAUUUUCGUUGACGCUAAUGAGCCUUACGUCUGGUUGUACGACCCGAUCCCGUUGAAAACGUGGGUGCUCGGCAGCUUGUUCGUGGUUGCCGCCAUCGCCAUCUGCAUGUUCCCCUUGUGGCCACGUCGCAUGCGUGACGGUGUCUACUAUCUCAGCGUUGCCGCGGCGGGCUUCUUGGGCGUGAUUCUCUCGCUAGCAGUCGUCCGACAGAUCCUGUUCAUCUUGAUAUUCGUGGUAUCCCUCGGCAAGCACAGACUAUGGAUUCUGCCGAAUCUGACGGAGGAUUGUGGUUUCUUCGAGAGUUUCGUACCUUUAUACAGUUACGAGUUCUGUGGCGACGGCAUUCAGGCAUCGAAGAGCGAUGCCAAAAAUUCAGGCUCAAAGAAAAAAUCCAAGGAUCAAAGUACAAAACCCAAAGCCUCGGCAUCCUCGUCGAAAGAGGAAAAAACCGGAUCCGAAGAGAGUGAGUUCGAAAUACUGGAUGCAGGUGAAGUGAAGAAGGAUCAAUGAGGCGCCGCGCGACGCACCCAGGUGGUGAAGUUCGUUGUUCUCGAAUCUCGCUGUGAAUCGUCUCUCCGACGUUUGCAGCAGUCAGAAAGUUCUCGAGAGUAUUUUUCUAAGGAUAACAUGAUUAACGGCGAUUCUAAAGCUUCUAGAGAAAUUCCAUCUUCUCAGGUGGGGGAUUGAUGGAUCGAGGGAUUGUUUCAUCGAUCCAUCCUACCACGGAGGGAUCGACCGUCCGAUCGCGUUCCUAUCCAUGAUCCUUGUUACUUUCGCCGUUGAAUAAAGUUCACGAACCAUGCGAUGUCAAUGCAUUGGUCUCUGUCAUUUGUACGAGUCGACCAUCGACUCAUCAACAGCGAUCAGCUACUGUACGACAACACCGGUAGAAAGGCUUAUACCCUCAUGUCGAAGUAUCGCCCUUGAUAUCAGCCGACCACGGUGGACAGGGAAUUCGACAAGAAAAACAGCAGAGUCGUCGGGAAAGCAUCAUGUGGAUAUCUGUUAUCGUCUUGUGGGGUGGAGCCCUUCAGUUAGGAACUUGUAUCAUAAUGUCCGCGAGCACCGGCCUACGAUCUUUCGACUAAGGGAACGAUUCCAUCAUGCGAAGUCCACGAGCUUUGGAUCCGAACACAAGGGUGGGAGACGUUGUGAAUUUAGUGCGAAUCAUGAGCAUUAUAUACAUCAUGUUGCUAAAAAGAGAAUAAACUCACAUAUAAAACGAGG